GUUUGGAUGAUCGGGCAUUGCUAUUGCUUAUUUCAGAAAUUAUCAGUGUUCAAUUAGCAAACCCAUUCAGUCGUUGCCUCGCUUCCGGAAAUGGCGAACUCAGUACCGCGGCGCCGUCUCGUCGGCCUCUCUACCAAAAUGUACUUUUCUCUUCAGCGAACAAGAGACUUUGCAGAUAGCUUCAUAUCGAAACUCUCAGAUAUACCUCAAGAGCUCUUAUCCAGCAUUGACAUAUUUAUUAUCCCCGACUUCAUUUCUCUCACAAACACAAUCGCUCAGCUGGAAUCAAGUCCUGUCCCCGUUUGGAUUGGUGCUCAAGAUUGCCAUUGGGAGGACCAGGGAGCUUUUACUGGAGAAGUCAGCCCCUCUGUGCUAAGUAGCGCAGGCGUUAAGCUCGUGGAAAUCGGGCAUGCUGAACGAAGGAGGAUUUUUGGUGAGGAUGAUACCAUCGUGGCAAAGAAGGCAGCUGCGGCGAGUCGCAAUGGCAUGAUACCAUUAGCGUGCAUUGGAGAAAGGACGCAAGGUGAUGUGCAUGUUGCCGUGGAUGAGUGCCGUGUGCAAGUUGAGGCCAUCAUGAGUUCUGUACCCGAUGAAGCAGAAGUUAUUUUGGCCUAUGAGCCUGUCUGGGCGAUUGGAGCAAGCCAGCCAGCUGGAGAGACGCACAUUCUCAAUGUCGUUUCUGGAAUUCGAGGCCUAGAUUCUGUUCAAAAGAGAACGGGGGCAAUGAGGGUGCUGUAUGGAGGUAGUGCUGGGCCAGGACUAUAUGAAAAAUUGAAGGGCGGGCUGGACGGGUUGUUUCUGGGAAGAUUUGGACACGACCCGCAGCAGUUUGUCAGGACGAUCCGGGAGGUUGCUGAGGCAUGAUUUGGGACAAAAUACUAUCUUGUUUAAACAACGCUGGCUAGGAGAGUUGACAAAUUCAGAUCAAACAAGGCCGCCUACAGAAUAUAGCGUAACGACCUGAGUGGCAUUGGCCAGGCGCUACAGCUACCCCAUCGACCUUAUCCAGAGUUGCAUCACUAGGGCAUGGCACAUGUAGCUAUCGGGCUGGACAUGAUAGCUACAUGUAUUAAGAAACCAGGCAAGGCAAUUGCCGUCAACAGACUUGACGCCUGGCCGCGGCUAAUAGGGCUAGGACUAGUUGAUUGUCCGC